CAUGGCUAACAUGAAAGCUCUCGUCUCUAACCAAAGCAUCAUCACCAGGCUCAUAAACGUCUCGCAUGCUAAGGCCUUCAGUAGCCAGGGUGGCCAUAUCUAGGACAAUAUAACUAUUCCUACUAUUUCCUCUAAUAAAUUUCUCAUCGAAGUUAAGACUAUGGCCCUUAACUUGAUAGAUUUUAAGCAUCUAGAUGCUAUCUCUCCCCCCCAUUCUAUUAUUAGAUGUAAUUAUAUAGGUAUUAUUUAUUAAGUAGGCGACUCUACUAAAGGCAAAUAGAAGGUUGGUAAUUGCAUGGCCGGCGCUAUCUACAGCAGCCUAUACCUUGAUAAAGGCACUUUUGCUAAGUACUUAAAGACCUAUGCAGAUUUGGCCUAGAAAGUUCCUGAUAGCAUUAGUAAUAUAGAUAUAACUAUAUAUAGAAUCUCUAUUAUAACUACUAUGCUUAUCCUUAAUAUUUAUUAUAGGCUCCCUUUUAUUACUAUUAAACCUAUAACUCCUAAGAAUAAAACUAUCUUUAUUUAUAUAAGAGUAACUAGUAUUAGAUUAUAUUAUAUUAAGGUUAUAAAGGCUGCUAGAUAUAUAGUUAUUAUAACUGCCUCGCCCUGUUUAUUCUAGUUAGUAAAGGAAUAUAAUACUAAUACUAUCUUUAACUAUAAGUUACUAACCAUUAUAGCAGAUAUUAUUAAAAAGUAUCUUAAGAUUAUAAAGGCGGUAGAUUGCUUCUCUAAGGGCAAGUUAAUAUCUAUUUAUGCUGCGGUACUUAAGCCUAGUAGUAGUAAGGUAGUUAUGCUAUUACCUAAUAGCAAAUCUAGCACUCCUAGCAUAACUUAUAAUCUUAUAAUGUUAUAUAUGGCUUUUGGGCACCCCUUUUACCCUAAGUUUAAAGCCAGGCUAUAAGAUUAUACUGCCCUUAUUCGCUUUUAUGAAAUUCUGCUAUAAAUUAUAUAUAUCUUAAAGCCCAUCCCGACUAUUGUGCUGAAGAACGGCUUUGAUGGCGUGCUGGAAGGGUUGAAUAAAUUGCAGGCAGGACAGGUAACAGGAGGCAAACAGGUUAUCAGGUUUAAU